AUGAACGGGAUUGUAGGUCCUGAUCCGCGUGCGCCCUAUCGUCUGGCGCAAGAACGCGAGUUUCGCAAGUAUAUACCGCGCGAGUAUUCUGGAUCGCAAUUUGCUCCUUUCGAUCAUGCCAGUCGCCAAACAUUCACUCCUCAGCCGUCGCCAGACCCGGCCUUGACUUCUUUUGCCCAGCUAGGUGCCAUCCGUCUUGGAACCCAACGCGCUCUCGUCACCCUCUUCGAUCGCACUCACCAGCAUAUCCUCGCGGAGGGUACUCCGUCAUUAAGCCUUAUCGGUGGAACCCCGCAAAAUGAAUGCGACAAGCUGCUACUGGGAUCCUGUGUGCUCCCUAAAGAAAGAGGUCUAUGUCACCAUGUCGAGGGCCUGCCAGUCUCGGCGUGUAUGCAGGGCGGCGAGUUAGUUGAGGGCGGCGCCUUGGUUGUUGGGGACGUGACCAAGGAUCCGCGUAUCAAAUACAACGAGUUGCUGGAAACACUAUCGGAUGUCCGUUUCUUUGCCGCCGUGCCCAUCAUCAGCCCUCGCGGGCUCACAGUCGGUUGUUUUAGCGUCUUGGACACCGAGAUCCGGACCUCGGAUCUACCAGAACACUCUCUUCAGUUUAUGAAGGAGAUGGCUCAGGCCAUUAUGAAACACCUGGUAAUGGGUCAUUUCACCCAUAAAAGUCGCCAGGCUGAACGAAUGCUCGUCGGCCUGGGCAGUUUUAAUGAAGGGAAAUCCACGCUUCGCCAUUCAUGGCAAGAGGAUAAUGCAGCAGAAAACAUUGGAGAUUCAAAGGAGGGCCAGGCGAACAGCCAGCAACAGCGUGAGCAAGACGCCCAGGAGACCAAUUCAACUGCUCUUGUCUCUCGCGGCCCGCGAAAAGCCGAAGCUUCUUCGGGAGCGGCAUCAAAGGACAGCAGCCAAGGGGCGGAGCACGGCGAAAAGUCUGGGAUAGAGAUUUCUCCAAAGAAUAAAUCUAUUCGAAGCGUGAUUACUGGUGAAAAUCCCCAGGAGGACUCGCAUGAAAACAGCCUCAAACAAGUCUUCUCACGAGCAGCAAACCUGAUCAGGGAGUCAAUUGGAACUGAGGGUGUGGUCUUUCUUGAUGCGCAAAGCGAUCGCUUUAGAAAACUCGACAACCAAACCAGCCAUAGAAGGUCGGACCCCGGCAUUAAGAGUGACCCAUCAAGCAGUGAUGAAAGCACUGAUUCGGGCUCCUCAACCAAGCACAAUUUGACACCUGUUGGUCAGGAGACAGAAGAGGAUCGUUCGCCCCUGUCCACAUGCUUGGGAUUCUCAAGCUCGUCGGGAUCGACUAUCAACAAUGAUUCGGUCACUGGCCCGCCAUCGAUGGUGCAUGAAGCACUGUUAACUUCACUUCUUCGCCGAUACCCACGUGGGAAGAUAUUCACCUACGACGCCAACAAAUCCGUCUCUGAUGAGAGCGACGGUAGCGCUUUGGAGAUGGUCGGAACUGAUUCCCGGGUCAAACCCAUUCAACGAGAAUCUUUCAGCAAGAAGAGCAAAUCAACUUUCCAAAAAGACGCCCACCACCUGAUCAAAAUUUUCCCUGAAGCCAGGAGCAUCCUCCUGUUCCCGAUUUGGGACGCGGACAAACGGAAGUGUUUUGCUGGGACGCUGGUCUGGACGAAUGACCCUGAGCUUGUCUUCACACUUGAAAACGAACUGAUGUACGUUUCAGCCUUUGCCAACAGCAUCAUGGCCGAGAUCAAUCGUCUCGACGUGGAGAUGGCGGACAAGGCCAAAACUAGGCUGCUCAGCAGUAUCACUCACGAGCUUCGAACACCCCUGCAUGGAAUCCUGGGUACUGCGGAUAUCCUCAGUGACACGGCCAUGAAUGCUUUGCAACAUGGCAUGGUCCAUACUAUUGAAUCUUGUGGCCGUACUCUUCUGGACACCAUCAACAACUUGCUGGAUCUCGCCUUCCUUGGCCAGAAUAAGAAAUCUGGGAACAAUAAGUCUGGGAGCAAUAACUCAGGAGAGAAGCAGGGUCAGAUACCCGACGGCUCAAACGAAGGGGGUCGCGGACAACUUAAAGACCGCGGUGAAAUGGCUACAUCUUCGCAUGUCAAGCUGGAUGCGGUGCUCGAGGAGGUCACCGAAUCCGUCUUUGCGGGAUACAGCUUCUACAAUCACCCCAAGAUGCCGCCACCUGCCUUGACCGACUCCUCGUCACGCUCAGCCGGUCAAACGAGCGCGUCCAACCAGGCUGGCCCUCGGGCUAAUGAGGUCACCAUCAUUUUUGACAUCCAGCCCGACACGGAAUGGGAAUUUAACACCCACCCCGGUGCCUGGCGCCGCAUUUUGAUGAACGUCUUUGGUAAUGCACUAAAGUAUACCAAAUCGGGCUAUAUCUACCUUGGGCUGAAGUCAUCCGAGAACAGUACCUCUCGAGACGACACAAAAUUAAUCCCAGGUCCAUCAGGGGAGCAAGUGGCUGAGUUUGAGAUCACUCUUAUCGUUAAGGACACCGGCAAGGGCAUUGGACCGGAAUAUCUGCAGAAGGAUCUCUUUACUCCCUUCAUGCAGGAGGAUUCACUCAUGUCCGGGAGCGGACUGGGGCUGAGCAUCGUCCAUCAAGCUGUUGGAUCCCUUGGUGGCUCGAUUGAAAUCAACUCUACUCAGGGAGUCGGCACUGAAUUAUCGAUUCGGACUCCGCUCACCCGUUCCCUCGAUGUCUCAGACAACGUUUCGUCGAGUUCGGAAUUCCACUCUCUGUUGAAAUACACUCAGGGAAAGACAAUAGGGUUCUUAGGCUUUGGGUCAUCCCUUAACUCUCAACGAGAUAAGUCCCUGUAUGAAUCCCUGGAGCGAUUGUGUCUCUACUGGUUUGGCUUGUCAGUGACGAACAUGUCAUCCUCACCAGGCAAACCCCUUCUCUUGGACUUCUAUUUGGCCGUGCAGACAGAGCUGGACUGCGAAGACACAGGGGGCAGAGAUCUCUUCGCCCUCGGAAAACAUCUCGGUGGCGAAGACGGGAACAGCUCGCCGAUCGUUGUCAUCUGCCAAUCCCCUGAGGAAGCACACCACAUGUUUGUAUCGACUAAGAACCGCCGAGAGGCGCCCGUCUUCGAGUUCAUCAGCCAACCUUGUGGGCCUCGCAAGCUGGCCCGGGCACUAAAUCUGUGUAUUAAGCGACAGAAACAUUCCCAGUCCGGUCGAUCUAGCCCUGUCGAGCCGACCCGCUGGGUGGAAUUGCCGGAAUCCUCUCAUCUUCCAGUGGAUCUUGAGCCUAGCGAUCCACCUGACGAAAGAAUGAAGAUUAGCAAGCGACCAACGACGGAGACGAUGGGGUCGCACAGUCGAUUGUCGAAUGAUGGGACCCAGAACGGGGCUUUUCAAAAUGGGCCCCAAUCGACCUCGUUUGCGAAUGGGGUACAGGAAGACCGAGAUUUCUCUAAGCCAUCCGUCUUGUUGGUGGACGACAAUGAUCUGAAUCUCCAACUCCUGUGCGCCUACACGAAGAAGAGCAAUUACGAAUACAUGACUGCUCGCAAUGGGGCUGAAGCCGUCGAUAUUUACAAGGCACACCCCAAUUAUUUCCGCGUUAUCAUCCUAGACAUGUCAAUGCCCAUCAUGGAUGGCUUUGAGGCCGCUCGCCAGAUCCGCUCCUUUGAGAAGGAAUGCCGAGCCUCGCUGUCAGGUUCCGACCAGGAGGCUUUGCCCUCCCUCGCCAUUGCCGCCUUGACGGGACUCGGCGGUACCGCCGCCCAAGAAGAAGCAAGUGCUUCCGGAAUCGACGAGUUCCUUAUCAAGCCGGUCAAACGGUCGGAUGUGCAAAAACUUCUACAAAAAAUGCAUUCUCGGUAG